AUGAGUGACGAUGCAACCCGCGCUGAGGUGGCAGCUAAGCUGCGCGCUGUUCAGCCGAAGGAUGUUGCGACGGGAGGUCGGACACUGCUGCGUUGGGAUACCGCACGCUGGCAGCAAUUUGAGCGCACGCCACAAUACACGACGCGUGUCAAGAGCGCACCUAUUCUGCCCAUUCGUGCGCCGCUCUCUUCUAUCUAUGAGAUUCAUUUAUCGGCCAGGAAGAACUAUACACCUUCAGCACUUAUGGAGAAACUUAUUGCAGACACGCGGUCAGGUUCUGUAGUGGAUGUGGGUCUUGUAAUCGAUGCCACAGGCAGCAACACUUUUUUCCACGAUGUCAAGGAGUGGGACGACUGGGACGUCCAGUACGUCAAGCUGCAAGUUGAUACGCUAGGAGAGGAAGAGAAGAAUUGUGAUGCUUAUAAUGACCAAAUAGCCGAAGCCUUUUGUAAGACAGUAAAAAGUCAUUUGGAAAGUGAUAGGAAGGAUAUGGACGUGGCUGUGUUUGGUACAGAUGGCUACAACUUGGUGGGGUUUCUCGUUGUGAGCUUUUUGGUAGAAGAAUGUGGCUUGAAUCUUGACGCUGCAGUAAACGAGUUUGCGGCGUCGACCCCGCCAGGACUUUACUCACGACAUUUUCUUGUGCGACUAUAUCGUAAGUACUUCAGCACAUUGCCGUCUGAGUCGAUACAAUUAGUGGUUCCUGCCCCUCCACGAUGGGAAAAUGAUGAAACGCGUAAGCGUAAGAGUGAAUCAUCUGUUGGUAAUGAGGUUGUAACGGAAGAGGACCGAUCAAAAAAAUUUGUACGAAAGAAAAAAGCUGCGGCGUCUAGUACUCCACCUGCAAAAGAUGUAGCAGCGAGCAAUGGACGAGGAAGUUUGCUCAGCAGCCUUUCCACUGCACCGGUAUACAAACCGCCCAUGUAUAUUCCGCCGGACCGCCAGGAACAGCGUCCGGCAAAACGCCGGAAAAUUCGUUCGUGGGUGGAUGAGGUAAAGCCUUUGACGUACGGUGAGACGCUUUCAAGUUUAUCAGAGGAGCACCAAAAAUUGGUUAUGUCGUUGGAAAAGCUUACGGGCAUUGAAGGAUUUCCCGGAUGCGAGACGAUACCCUUUACAGCGACACACGUUGCAGAAGGAGCUUAUAAGCGCAAAGGUGGCUUGACCAAGGCUUACCUUGUUACUUGGCGAGCACGGGGUCGUCGCUGUCUUCUCUAUGUUACUGCCGACGGAACCUAUGUCGUGUCGCGCGACAUGACGUUUACGAAGGUCAAAAUGAAGUUUCCGCGACGAAGGGCACCGAACGAGUUCCAGGUGAACACAUUGAUUGAUGGACUUAUCGUAGAAGACCAAGACCAUGACACGAGGGUGGCCCGGUAUCUGGCGUUUGACAUCAUCUUUUUGGAGGGUACGCCCAUUUGGCAGAAAAAAUUGGAGAAGCGAUUGCAGUGCUUACAGAACGAGAUCAUUGUGCCGCGCAAAAAUGACAAGUCAUUUGAUUACACGACGGAACCCUUUCGUGUGCGUAUGAAGGACCACUUUCGUCUGGCCAAGACUGAGUAUAUGCUGACAAAGUUUUCAAAGAGCGUGACCCAUGAGGUGGAUGGUGUGAUCUACACUCCUACGGAGGCUCCGUACAAUCUCGGUGGCUUUGAGUGCAAAGAGCCAAUUUUUAAAUUCGUUGCUAGCGAAGGCGGAGGUAUUCCUGGUCUGGAUGGAAGCAUAUCAGAGCAGCGGCUUCUCCAGUACAUCAAUUCUAUCCCGAAAUGA